GUGGUGGCCAUGGCGGAGCUGCUGGAUCCAGAGUCGCUGCUCGCGCGGGUUCAGAGACGCUUGGAACUCCCAAGCCCCAACUCGGAUGGAGGCACAGGGACCCCGUGUCUCCCUUGGCCUAGGCCGGCACUCAGAAAAAUUUCCCUGAGCGACCGGAGGAAUCGACGGCUGCAGGGCCCAUCGGGAGGUGGCGCCAAGGGCAUGGGUCCAGUGGAUGGGGGUCGCAAGGAGGGGAAGGAGAAUGGGUGGAGCCCACAGCCCGGCAGAGCGCAAGGACGGUACAUUUCGUCUGAUGACUCGAGUGAAGAUGAGCUGCCUUCAUUCUGCAUGCAGGGCUGCGGGGGCCUGAGCCAGGGGGCACAGGUGUGGAGAGCCCACAUCGAGAGCAGCAGCAUUACAGAUAAAGCCGUGCAAGGAGCAGGAACCACAGCCAAAGAGGCUGCUGGGAAUGGCAAGGUAUCUCCGGCUGCCAUGGGGAGGAAGGAGCCAGGCCUUGCUGGGCCCCACCCUUCACAGCCCAGUGGCUGCUUUGAUUCCUCCGAUGACGAUAAUGAAUUUGAGACCUUUCUCCUUAAGAUGAAAACUCCUUUGAAAAGCAAAGCUCCUUUGAAGUCCAUUUCCAGAGCUGUUGUGAUCAGCUCUGGCAGUGAUGAAGAGGAUUUCAAGUCGGCGCGAGCGAGACCCGUGCUCUCAAAGCGGAGGGCCCAUUCACAGCUGGCGGGCUUGCACCAGGGGGUCGUGGGCUCCAGCAGAGUUGCCAACAAGGAACCAAACCCUGAACCUUGCGUACCCCCGUUGCGGGCUCGUAGCGUCUCCCUGUCGGUGGGGAGCGGCACCACCAACUCCACGACGCUCAGUCGGCCACAGAGAGAAUCGGAGCCCCUUCCCGCUGUCCCUACACCACCGCCCACCACUGCCCAAGCCUCCAAAAGGAGCCUGGCCGACUUGGACGAAUUUGAUGAUGAGUUUGAGAGCCUCAUGGACAAAAUCCGCAAGAGCAAUCCCAAAAAGCCAGGGACGAAGAACAAGCCUACGACACCCUCCAUGGCAAAACAAGGCCUGCCUUCGGUGCCAUUGUGGGGACAUGAGCCACCUGCACAACUCAUCACUCCGCAGCUUCCAGCUACCCCAAGGCAGCCUCCACCAUUGCCUCGAAGCAAUCGCGUCAAGUCCAGUUCGGACUUGGAGCUCGGCAAGCCCUUCGCCAGCGUUCCCUCCCAGUCUGACGUUUGGAGCACCAGGUGUGCAGUGCCCGGCUGCUUCUUGGCAGAGCUGUCGAGUCCUUCGUGUCACUACGCUCGCAACUUCAAGAAAUGCAAGGCCCAGCUUACGGCGUCGCUCUACAAAUUCUACAAUGAAACCAUCUUUAAAAAUAAGCUGCCAAACAACAUGGAGCUGCUGUGGAAUAACAAGAUGCGCAAGACAGCUGGCUACUGUGUGAUGGGAAAGGGGCCUGGACCAGCUUGCCAACCCUACGCACGCAUAGAGCUUUCCGUCAAAGUGUGCGACAAUCCCGAGCGGCUUCGCGACACGCUGGUGCACGAGAUGUGCCACGCCGCCACGUGGCUCAUCAAUGGGCAACGCGAUGGGCACGGGCGGCUGUGGCAGCUGUACGCGCGCACCGCCACGCUGGUACACCCCGAACUACCGACUGUGUCGCGCUGCCACACCUACAACAUCACCUUCAAGUACCGCUACGAGUGCACGCGCUGCAAGAACAGCAUCGGCCGGCACAGCAAGUCGCUGGACACGGAGCGGUUCGUGUGCGCGCUGUGUCAGGGCCGCUUUGUGCUGCUGCCUCCCGAGGGCCGGGACGGCACACCCGUCACCAGCAGGGCCCUCACUCCGUUCACGCGCUUUGUGAAGGAACAGUAUGGGACCACGCGCUCGGCCCGGCCGGACAGCAGCCACGCAGACAUCAUGCGCAUUUUAGGCGAGCAGUUCUCUAAGACCAGGCUGCAAUGAGUCGUCAAGUGAGGGCAGGGUAUUUGGCAAAUAGGAGACUCUUGGUUGGGGCUACAAGGGACUUGGCAAACUGAAGGGAGCAUACGGGUCCUUCCUAUGUGGGUGAGGAAUGUUUCCUACAAUGACCAGCUACGUAUGGGUAACCAGUGAUUAGCGAUUCAAAUUAAAUUUGUGGCAUUGGUGCUCUUCUCCCGUUUACAGCCCUGAGCCAUUGGUGGAAAUUUUCAUUUCUAGUGUGGGGUGAGAUUACAAGACAACCACUUGACUUAUCCACAAGUGGCACUUAUUUAAUAGAUGCCAAAGGGAUGAUAGACAGAGUCAACCCCCCCCCCACCAUGAUUUUAACUCGCGGCCUUCCGAUUGUGGGCUCCUUGAUUUACCACUGAUGAGCCACCUGGCCGGAUGAGGAAUGUUCUACAGCAAAUGAGCAGCUAUGUGUACGUGACUACCAUGUUUGAAUUAUGCUGGUAGCAAACGUGUGUUCGUGAUUGUGUUUUUUUUACGUUUAAAAUACAAAUAAAGAUAACUCAUCACUUGA